GACGGGUAGGGUUUGUUUUGAUUGUGCUCAUUCCCCAGAACAAUUCCCAUGCACGCAAAAAACCGGUAUCAAAAACAUUCCGGUUCAGUUCUCUUUGUAAACUGUGCAAAAAAUUUCCUGUUUAUAAACACCAAAAUAGAGUGAAAAUGUCCAUCACUACCUCUCUCCUUUACCUAGCACGUGGAAUGUUCAGCCGGUGGCACGGGAUGAUUGUACCGCGAAAUAUACACACCACAGUGCAACUUUUACACGGCGAAUACGAAUGGCAGGAUCCCAAAAGCGAAGACGAAGUCGUGAACAUAACGUACAUCGAUAAGGAUGGCAAGGAAACGACGGUUCGGGGGAAGGUGGGCGAUAAUGUGCUGUACCUUGCCCAUCGGUACGGUGUCGAGAUGGAGGGUGCCUGCGAAGCUUCCCUAGCCUGCACCACCUGUCACGUGUACGUGCAGGACGAAUACCUCGACCGUUUAACCGAACCGGAAGAGAAGGAGGACGAUCUGCUCGAUAUGGCACCAUUUUUGCGUGAAAACUCCCGCCUUGGGUGUCAGAUUGUGUUGCAGAAGGAGCUGGAAGGGAUGCGGUUACAGCUUCCGCAAGCGACACGCAAUUUCUACGUCGACGGCCACAAACCAAAGCCACACUAGGUCAGCUUUAUGUGUUUUGUUAGUUAUAUAGCUUUAUAUAGGUUUGGUUGUACAUUCUGGCGCUAGACAGAGGUUUUGCAGGAUGACCUGCGCGAGAAAAAGAUUUAGACAACCGAUGAAAUUCAGUCAGCUAGAUUGUAAAGGAACAAGAUGUUACAUUGAAGACAUUUAAAAUAAAGGCGACGAACAAAUCCAA